CCCUUCAACUCGUCCCCCGGAUAUGAUCAAAAAGUUGAUGAAAGACAUUAGGCUCAAGGCGAACUACGUAGUCAACAUAAAUUUGGUUGGCUUACUCAGACUUCUAUUUUAGUCCCGGUGACUAUGGCCACCAUCCGUCACUUGUAAUACGCAUGAUCAGGAAGUAGCUAAAGCUUCCGUUGUUAUUGCCUGGGAAGUGUUCGAGCUAUCGAGCUGGCGAUUUGAGGCGAUUGUAAUGGCUUCCGUUAGUUCCGACAAGACGCCAAAAUCGAGUUCUCGGCCGCGAGCGAAGACUCAAAUGGCCGGAGUGAGUCAACAGCUGUUAGAUGAGGAGCUCGAGCAUUCUGCGAAGUUAAUUCAUGCGGCAGUGAAAGCCAAAUGUGUGAAGGAUAUCCAGGAGGAGCUGGCGCGUCCUCUCAUUCGUAUGCAUCAGAGUCGGGUGCUUAAUACGCCUUACAAUCAGUGUCCGCCGUUGGUUUUGGCUUCUCGACACAACUGUGUUGAAGUGGUCGAGUAUUUGCUCACGCUGGGUGAGAUUGAUAUCGAGCAGACUGGUAUGGUGAUGUUCCUGCAUGAGGAGAUUCAUGGAGCUGCAGCCUUGUGGACGUCUGCUGCGUGUGGUCAUUUGGAGAUUGUCAAGAAGCUGAUUGACAGUGGAGCUGAUGUCACCCACUCGACUAACUCGGGUUCAACGCCUCUUCGGGCAGCUUGCUAUGAUGGUCAUUUGAAUGUGGUGAAACUUCUCAAGAGGCAAGGGUCAGAUAUCAAUAUGCCAAAUAAGUAUGGUCACACUCCUCUCAUGAUUGCAUGCUAUAAACAACAUGAUAGAGUUGUUCGAUAUCUUCUUAAUUGUGGAGUCGACGUCAAUCGACAGAGUGAGUUAAGAGGGAAUACGGCCUUGCACGAUGCUGCGGAGGCUGGCAAUACUCAAAUAGUCAACCUGCUCCUCGAGGCUGGUGCCACGGUGCAGAGGAGAGAUGGCGAUAUCAGCCCUUUGUUGUCCGCUGCUGCUGUUGGUCAGUCAGAUAUGGUCCAUUAUCUUCAUAAUCAUCGUUCAAUGAAGUACACGAAUGAAGAGUAUGUUGAAGCAAUGGAGUUGCUCGGAUCAGCAUAUGUUGAUCGCCAUCGUGACAACAACAGAGCGGUUGAAUGCUGGCAAAAGGCACUUGAUUUAAGAGAGAAGUGCACUUUCCGUGCUAUCAUUGAUUUUUCUCCACAAACGGCAUACAGAAAUGUUCAAAAACCAAAGUCUAGUGCUGAGUUAACAUCAGUGGCAUCCAAUCACGAUUCAGUGGAAAUGUUGGCAUUGGCUGUUCGUGAGCAGAUUCUUGGCAUUUCACAUCCUGAUACACCAUACUAUAUUCGGUACCGAGGUGCAAUCUUUGCUGAUCGAGGAGACUUUGAUCGUUGCAUGUUAAUGUGGACUUACGCUCUCGACAUUCAAAUCAAAGCUUUCAAUCCGGGACACGACAACAUUUACCUCACGCUCGGCUCGUGUGCAGAAGUACUUCAUCAUAUUUUGAGCCGUCACAGUGUUAUGCCGUCGUCCGUCAAGUAUGUAGUCGAUGUGACAGAGCUGGCAUUCACUGAACUACGACGCUGUCGCCUGACCAACUCUCGUUUUAUUUUCCGUAUUGCACGUGUCAUGCUUCAUUUAACCGGUAUCUGGCUGAAGGCUUUAGACAUGAAGUCAUCGGUAGUCAACAAUAAGAGGAGACUCUAUGAAAUUACAUACAACCUUGUCCAGAUGCAGCUCGUUAACGAUGAUGAAGAGACACUCCUUCAUUUAGCUGUCAGUCCAGAUAUCACAAAAAUACUUGAUUUUCCAGCAUACUCGUUCCCAUGUGAGGCUGUCUUAGCUCUAUUGAUUGCCUGUGGAGCAGAAAUCAAUGCCACAGACAAACACCGUCGCACAGCACUACAUACGGCCAUUAGGAAAUCCAACAAGCAUAACGCAGAGAGAGUAGCACAUAUCAUUUCACUGCUGGCAGAUGCUGGGGUCAGUGUCAAUGCAAGAGAUUGUUACAGAAAGAGAGCUAUUGACUAUGUGAAAGCAGAGAGUGAGGUGGCAGUUGCAGUUAGAAAGAGGUCUCCAAUUUGUCUUCAGGAGCUGGCAGCGGUUGUCAUUGUAGACACUGGCAUUGACAUUUCACAGAUUUUGCCGCUCAAACUGACAAAAUUUGUAAAUAUGUUCUAAUGUAGUGUGUCCGUGUUGGCAUGAGUUUAUCGCAAGCGAAUUGAUACUGAUGAUAUCAGUCUGCAGUAGAUUCAUCAGCUGGUUGCAAACAUGUAUCUACUGUAUGUAGUUUUUAAUUAUUUAUUGUUGAACUGGCACCUAGAGUGUGUACUCAUCGAUCUCCAUUGAUCUUCAUAUCUCGAUCUUGUUUUUGAAAUACACCGGCAAGGCGCUAAAUUUGUUCAGUCUUG